AUACUACUAGCUUUCUCACUUCUUCCUCUUCUCUUAUAGUUUUCAUGUUUCUUGGUAAGAAGGAGAAAUUCUUCAAACCAAAGAAAACUACUUGAAAAAAAUAAGAGUUUCUAGUUACAAAGUUUCUUGAAAGAGAGUGGUGAAGAAGAAAUUCUUCAUACCUUGGUGGAGAGUUCCAACUUGAAGUCCAUCUUCAAGUCUCCCUAAUAUCCAAAGAGGUGGUGUCAUCUUCAUCAAAGGAUCCUACAACAACAAGCAAAGUUGUUAGGAAAAUUGUUAGUAACAAUUCAAGGUUGUUAGUAACAAUAAAGAAUUCAAGGUGUACCUCAACAAUAAACCGGCGAACACCUCCUCGCCGUAGAAAAUUUCAGAAUUCACAGCAACCAUUUGCAAAGCAAAAUUCAGAAGUGCAACAGUUUGAAGCACAGCAGCAAUAACGGUUCGCGGUUAAUUCAAACAACAACAAUUUUCCAGAAGCAGUAGCGAUCAGAAGCACAUACCUUCAACAAUAAUACGGCGAAAAUCUCCUCGCCGUAGGUAAGUCAUCUCCACUCUCAGUCUCAAUAUUGUUGUUGCUUUGAACUUUGGCUUUCCUGUAACAUAAAAAUCACCAGAAACACAUAUAGCUUGAAUUAUUAUUGCUGUAAGUAAAAGGAAAAAUUCAGCAACAAUAACAGUAGCAACAUGAACAAGCUACGGUUCUACAUCACUCAAGAACAACAAUUCAAAACUGAAUUCUAAACAACACCGACACAACAACCAUCAACUCAAAAAUUCAGCAAACAGGAUCAAUUGCUCAGAAGCAGAAGAAGCAAGCGCAUACCUCAACAUUAAAACCAGCGAACAUCUCCUCGCUGCAGGUAAAUCAAUUCUGCUCUUGCUCUUAAAUUUGUUGCUAUGAACAUAAUUCACUGUUAGAACAAAGCUGCCAAGAAACAGAGAAAGCAUAUGUUAUUGUUGUUGUUUCAUAAAAACCGAAUUUGUAGUUGUACCAUAAAAAACGAAAUUAAGAGAAACAUACCUGGGUUUUUCUUCUGAUUCUCCUUCCAUGGCCGCCGGAAAUACUCGAAGGUUGUUGUUGUUGUUUGUUCGGUGUGAGCAAAAGAACAAGAGAGAGGAACAACCGAGUUAUUGUUGUUCAUCACUGUGAGCUCGAGGGAGAGAGACCAUGAACCGGGUGAGAAUCGUUGUUGUUAUUCACACAGAGGAAGAACGAUCGAGAGAGAAGAGAUUUUUUUUUCUCUGGUUUUGUUUUGUUGUGAGAAGGAACGAGAAAGAGAGAAGGAGGCGCUGCCUCUCUUCACGCUUUAGGGUUCUCAAACCCAACCCAGCAUUUGUGAUAUGAGUGGGGCGGAUCCGGGUCACACUGACCCGACCCGGUCCGGCCCAGCAACCUUCUUUUUUAAUUUUUCAGCUUAAGUCAUUUGGGCUGCACCCCCAAUUUAUUUUUCAACACCACUGGCCCAAUUACUUAGUUUUUUUUUACUAACUAUUUCUUUUAAUUUUCUUUAGAAAAAUAGUUUGCAUAAAAAGGAAUUAGUAUUUUAUUUAAUAUAGGAUUUAAUUUUCUUUUCUAAUCCUUAUUAAAAAAAAUCCCAAAAAUAUUUUAGAUGCAUAUUUAAUUUUAUGUUUUCUAAUUAUUUUCUUCCUUCAUGAAAAAAUCACAAAAAAGAUAUAUUUUCUUAGAUUAAUUUUGUUUGAAUUUGAUAUUUUCAUAUAACUUUGUGUAGUUAAUCAUUUAAAUGUUGUUUGAUUACUGUUGCACAUAUUACUUGAAUUUUCUCACUUCAUCCAAGACUUCGAGAUUAUUUCUCUGUUGUCUUUUGGAUUUGUCUGUUUUGUUUGGUCUUCCAUUUGCUGUAGGAGUCCUUAAACAAUUACAGGAAGGUCAUAGAAUGCUGUAAGCUGUGAGCUUAUCCGACGUUCUAUUCUGCUGGUGUGGAUGCUUAAUAUCUGUUGAGAUCCUAUUUUAUUCCAAGCACAUCACUUGAAGAUCACGGUAACACCUCAAACUCAGAAAUUCAAUUUUCUCAUUCUUCGAGGUAAGCCUAAAACUCAAUCAACUGUUUUCACAACAGUAAUCAAUUCACUUUCAAAUCUUGCAACUCAUUGUUUUUCAAAACAGUGGGGCCUCUCGAAUAUUAGAGAGUGUAAGUCCGAUUUCUUUUCUUUUUGUACAGUUUUCGAAACAAUAAAACUUCUUAACAAAAUCUUUUCAAAACAGUUUUUCAAAUCAUUUUCAAAACAACAAAACUCCAAAGAAACAAAAUUUUUCAAUAUACCAUGGGCCUCCACGUAGGUAUAAGUCCCAAGCCCCUUUUGUACAUACCCAUUCCUGUACAUGAAAUUAGGUAUUUCAUUGUACACACACAUUUUUGUACAUAUCUCAAUCUGUUUUUUUUAACUUUGAAUAACAAAUCAAAAAUGAAGGUUUUCUUUAAAUCUUCCCAAAAAAUACCAUGGGCCUCCAUGUAGGUAUAAGUCCCAAGCCCCUUUGUAAAUACCUGUUUACAUAGCUUUGAAUAAACUCAAGUGGACUUCUCCCCGAGUAUAAGUCCCGAGCCCCCGUGUAUACAAAUGGAUCAUGCUUACAGGUAUAUUUCCUUCAUAAACUCCAUUAUAUACACACACCUUGUCAUAUAUAAUUGUUCAUACCUGUUCAUAUUUGUUCAUGUACUUGUUCAUAUUUGUUUGUACUUGUUCAUACUUGUGAUUGUGUUAUAUAUGCUUGUUCAACUUAGUACAACACUAGGUUCCCCAUAGCCUCCUAUUGGGCUUCGUGCAAAGAAUCUCCCUAGUUUAGGUUAGGACAUAGAGUAUGGUUUCCCGGUGAAAUCGCUCUAAGAGCUCAAACCAACUAUACCAUGCCUCCCCUUGGGCUUUGUACAAACGAGUGACCCUCCCAUAGCCUCCUCUUGGGCUUACAAUGCAAGGACCCUGGAUUGUCCCUCCCAUAGCCUCCUCUUGGGCUUACAAUGCAAGGACCCUCGGAUAGCCUCCUCUUGGGCUUCGUACAAGGACCCACGGGCUUCUUAUAAGCAUCCCCAAUAUCCAAAUCAAAUACCCUAGGAGAUUAGACAUUUUUCAUCUCUAUGAUAGGAGUAUCUCUUCUAUAUCAUCACAAACAAUCAAUCAAUCAAACUUUUUUGCCACAAGGCUGGCUAAUCAAUCAAACCUUUUUGCCACCAUACUGGCUGAUUAAUCAAAGUUUUUGUCACAAGGGUGACUUCAUUGAAACUUUUGCCACAAGGCUGGCUGAUUAAUCAAAACUUUUUGUCACAAGGCUGACUUCAUUGAAAGUUUUUGCCACAAGGCUGGCUAAAAACAUCUUUAUCAUUCUAAGCACCAUAAGUGGCAUGGCCCAGGGCUUAUAAUGAAAAGAUUUUCAAACAAAAUCAAACAGAUGUAUGUGAUGAUAUAGAUUAGAUACAUCGAACAUUUAGAUGACAUUUGUCUCUUUUCCUUUGCUUCCACUAGCAUAAGUGGGAACUACGAUUGCUCUGACUUUCUCAACAUCCCUUUGAGAAUACGUAGGCACAAGGUCGUAUCCUUGGCGAGCAAAACUUCUCUCUCAAACCACUCAAACCUUAGCACCCGUAGACCCCGAGCAACAGAUGCUCUGAUUCCCUCUAGGGGAUAUGUAUGCAGAGGAUCGCGAUGAUCUUUGCGAGCAUAAUCAAACAAACACCUUAGGUCCCACCUCUUUCUCACAAGAACCUCCACCAUAACAAGAAUGGAAUAAACAAAACAAAGAAACCUAUAGAGUACUAUAGAUACGUUGGGUGCUAAUACCUUCCCUUCGUAUAACCAACCCUCUUACCCAAGAUCUCCCCCACCUUUUAGGUUAUUGCAGCUUUUUUCCUUUUCCUCUUUUGGAAACAAUAAAAAGUUUGGUCCGUACAAAAGAAAAAUCAUUUUUUGAGCACUCGAGCCCAAAGAAGGCAUCAGGUGUCUCAUUUAGAAAAACAACGAUUUUUCCCCGCGACAGAAAAAUGGCGACUCCACUGGGGACACAUCUUUUUAUUGUUUCCAAAGAAAGGGUUAUUUCUAUUUGUUUUGUUUUUAUUUUGUUCUUGUUUGGUUCUUUGGUUCUGUUACUUGUGUGGUUCUGUUACAAGUGAUACAUUAUGGACAAAUCCUAACCCGGAUUAAGUACACAUAAGAAUUAGGUGGAGGGUAUAGUCAUGUGCAGGCGCACGUGAGAAUCCUUCCGCUCAGUGGAGGUUCCUUGUUUGUAAUAUAUGUUUAGCAAGUUUAGUUGCGAAGACAUUAUUGCUUUCAUUGAACUGUAGAAGCUGAGUUGGCUGUAGAACCCCAACCCAUCCUGGCCUUAUUAGGUUGUGGUGCAGAAACUAUUCAGGUGAAGACUUGGAUUAGUUGUCAUGCGGAGAACCACACUCAGACGAGUUUUUCUUGAGAAUAUUGCUGGCUCAUGAGUUUAAUUGUGGAAAGCCGGUAAUAUCCGAAAGAAAGAUGUAGACUCUGACGUAUCAGUAGAACAUGCUUUGCAGGUGAUUAACUAGAACUAUCCCAUGUUUGGUUCUCUGACCUCAUGCUCGUGACGCUGGACCUUUGAACCUGUGUCUACCAUGUUUGUGUUACCAUGUUUGUGUUGCCAUGUUUACAGUACCAUGUUUGUGUUACCAUGUUCGCUUUACCAUGUUUGAAUAUGUGGCAUCCAUGCAUCCAUGCAUUCAUACAUCCAUAAAAAAUAAAAAAAAUCUUUUUCCAUAAAAGCAUGAUUUUUUCCAAACAAUUAGAGAAUUUUCUUUGCAAACAUUAUAGGAUUAGGUUAUGGAGUGGGUAAAAAGGCAUACCAAGAGGUACGGUUUCAAAGAGCCUAAUGUGGAAAGACUGAAAGAGUUAGCGUCUUUUGUACAAGAUCCUUCUGAUUUUAGGAAAAGCCAUGGAAAGCUUUUGCCUAUCUUGAACACUCAUGUUGAUGAAGGACUUCUCAAAACUCUGGUUCAGUUUUAUGAUCCCGUCUACCGGUGUUUUACCUUUCCAGACUAUCAGUUGGUACCAACCUUGGAGGAAUAUGCCAAUCUUUUGGGUAUUCCUGUGUCUGACAAAAUACCUUUCAAUGGUUUGGAAGCCAUUCCUAAGUCACCAGUCAUUGCAACAGGUACCCACUUGAAGAAAUCUGAAAUAGAGAGUAAUUGGACUACCAAAGGAAACCUUCCAGGUUUGCCUUCACAGUUUCUAAUAAAGAGAGCCUUUGAUUUCAUUGAGACUGGUAGCAUGAUAGCUUUUGAAGCUGUACUAGCCUUGCUCAUCUAUGGGUUGGUUCUGUUUCCCAAUAUCGACGACUUUGUUGAUAUCAAUGCCAUAAAGGUCUUUUUGAAUGGAAAUCCCGUUCCGACUCUGCUUGGUGACAUGUAUUUCUCUGUCCAUCAUAGGAAUCACCAAGGUGGUGGAAUUAUUGUAUGUUGUGCACCUCUGUUGUUUAAAUGGAUUGUUUCACACUUACCUAAGUCUCCCAUUUUCACGGAAAACCGAGAAGGUUUACGUUGGUCUCAAAGACUUAUGUCUCUUACUAAUAAUGAUAUUCAGUGGUAUACCUUGGCUCGCUGCGGUACAGAAACCAUCGAAAGUUGUGGAGAAUUCGCCAACGUACCCCUCAUUGGUACACAAGGAGGAAUUAACUACAAUCCGGUCCUAGCCCGACGACAACUCGGGUAUGCAAAUUCAACUAAACCCAUUGGCCCUACAGUGGAAAGCUACUUCUAUCAGGAAGGAAAUGAUCCUCAAGGGUUGAAAACAAAAAUGGUGAAAGCCUGGUACGACAUCCGAUGGAAAGAAAAAGGUGAGAUAAGGAACUGUAUCGCUACGAACGCCUACAUCUGUUGGGUAAAGAAAAGGGCAAAGGAGUUUCAAAUGCCUUAUGAUUAUGAAAAACCCAUGUUCCCUGUGGUACCUCAACGACCCAACAUUCCCGCUAUGGAGGAAUACCAAGACACUUUGACCAAGAUGAGGAUAGAAAAAGACGCUUGGGAAGAAAAGUUUCGAAGAACUGAUGUGGAAAAUAGAAAGUUGAAGAAACAAGUGAAAGAACACGAAGAAACUCUUUACCGUCAAGAUGGAUGGCUCAUGAGCAAAGAUGAGAAGAUCCGUCGGAAAGAUGCCGCAAUCAGAAGAUACAUCAAAGAAAGCAAGAAAAAGCUUGAAGGCUCAACAAGCAACGCUCCGAUACCUGGCAAUUGGAAGAAUGUGGUUGACAAGCUGAGAGCUGAAAAGGCCGAGUUGAAAGCUUACUAUGGGAAAGAAAUCAUGAAGCUCAAGCUGCACAAUGCAUUUGGUUCUUCGUCUGAUGAAGAUGCUUAGGAUUGUUUAGCUUUUUAUUUAUCAUUUGCUUUUGUAAGGAGCUACGCUCCAAUGUUGUAACAUUUCCCAUUAUUACAAAAAACAAAAAAAAAAGAAUGAAUAAAAGAUUUGUUUGUGUUCAAAUGUUUGCAAGGAAAUAAUCUCAAAAAUAAUUGGAAAAAUCAUAAAUUUCUUUUUGCAUACAUCAUUCUGCAUAUCAAGUCUGUUGUAUAGAGUCUCAUCUUUUGGAUCUUUCUCCAUUAGAUCGUCAAGCUGUCGCGUCUCAAAGUUUCUCGACCGCGCUCGCAAUCAGAUCACAGAUACAAUACUCGUUCAAGCAGAAGAAGAGUAAUGGAACACUCUGAACAAGAGAAUAUUGAGCUUCGUGGUACAGUGACCACCCUUCAGGAAAAAUUGGAAAGUCUCACUACUCUGGUUGACUCUUUAAUGGCCGCACAGAAUCAGCCGCCACCACCCAACAGUCAAGCAGCGGUAACAUCUGAAGUCACUACUCCAGUUUCUACAGUUGCAUUCUGUAGCAACCUGCCCUAAAAAUAAAGACUUUUAGAGUCGCCACCUAUUCUGAAGGGCGAAUAGGAAACCCUGCGCAGUUUAGAGAUCGGGGUAAGUUAUUAUAAUCAGGUCGAGGGAAGGUGUUAGGCACCCUCAACCCUUUCCUAUUGGCUUUGAAUCUAAGGUAAAGGUUUAUGGCUAAAAUAUUGAGGUUUAACAGCUAAAGAAUUGAAUAGGGGAAAAUUGAGUUUUUAGGGAGGGGGAGACUCGCCUUGUUACCAAGUGCCUACGUACCUCCUUAUAGAGGAUCAGAGUCAACGUAGUUCGGGCACAUGGCUGUACGCCUUAGAGUUUGAUUAGAUAUGAUUUGGGUUUGUUUUGAAAUUGUUUUGAAAUACGAAGUUCGAAGGUAUUUUGAAUUACCUUAUCGUAGUUUGAACAUCGUAAUGUUUGAAGGGAUAAAAAUCCGUAGUAACGUGGUUUAGUGUUUUUGACUGUUUGGGCGUACAACCCUGGUUUGAUAUGUCACCGUUAGUUGCGAUGACCAAUAGAUUUGAUCAGUAUAGCUAACGGAUUAAAGGGCAUUGCUGGUUACUCAGAUCGAUAGAUUGAUCGUCGCGGGCAGCAAAUUAAUUGUGUUUUAAAUUAAACAUUUUUUAUCUCUCGUCUAAUGUGACUAAUAGAUUUAGUCGGGUCGAGGAGAGAAUUAAUGUUAAUGUUUUAUUAUUUUUAUCUCUCGUCUAAUGCGACUAAUAGUUUUAGUCGGGUCGAGGAGAGAAUUAGAUUGAAUGUUACUGUUUCACCAAAUGAGCAAUGGGAUCGGGCAAACCCUAAUGCAUAUAACCUUUCUAGGGUUUUUUUGUGAUUUAAUAAUUAAGGUUAGAUUAAAAUGAAUUAAAUCGAGUGAUCGAAAUAAUCGGGGAAAUAAAUCCUAAAACCCAAUAUAAUCCUGACCCUAAUCCUAAUUUUAUUAUUUAAUGUAAUUUUAAAAUUAAAUCAUAUAAAAAAUAGGCUUAAAUGCACUUUUGGUCCCCCUAUUUUGACAUUUUUAACUUUUUAGUCCCCAAACUAAAAAAGCCAACUAUUAGGUCCCUCAUUUUCUAAUAUCGUGGAAUUUUUAUGGUCCCUUGCCAUUUGUCAAUUAUUUUAAUGACAUGGCACCCCAAAAAUUGACCAGUCCCUUGCCACAUCAUUAUAUUUAUUUUUAAUUUGUAUUUUAAUAUUUUAUUUUUCAGAAUCAUUUAAAUUGAAAUAAUGAUUUUAAUAAUAACAUUAAAAUUGAUUUUUAAUAUACCCAGCAAGUGAAAAGAGCUUUUUUGAAUAAGCACUUAUUUAAGCUAAAACCCCAACAUAGGUAUUUAGCCCUAAAUUAGGUUUUGCUUCCAUUGUUAUUCUGUACUUAAUGAUAAAUAAGGUUUUGCUUUCCUUUUGUCUUGAUGCGCAUCAACGACGACGAUUAACAGUGGUUGCACGACAAUAACAUCAGCGGCGAUUAAUGGUGGUUGCACGACAGCAACAACAACGAGAUGAACAGUGGUUGUACAACGGCAAACAACAACGACGAACAGUGGCUGCAAGACAGUAACAAUGGUGGUUGAAGACAAAGAUGAGAUCUGGAAGAAAAAACCCUCAAAUUAACUUGGAUUUGAAGAGCACUCUCAUAUACCUUAGCUUCUUCUCUUUGUUUUGGAGAAGAAAUCACGCAUUCGCACAUGCCUAACCCUGUUUUCUGUUUUUUCAAAUCCAAGUUUCACUCUUUCUACAAACUCUUAUCAAGAUCCUUUCUUUCUUCAAGAUUCAAUGUUCUUUGCCUCUUCCUCCAACUGGGUUCCCCCCAAUUUCUCCUCACUAUUGGUAGAUUGAAUUCCAAUUGAGAUUUUUAUUUGCAGAAAAAUUAUUGAUUUUGUCACAUCAUUUGGUAGUUUGAAGGGUUAGGAUAUUCAUAGGUUUUGGUAAUUUUUGUUGUUGAAACUUGGUGGGCUGUUUGUGUAAUCUGUUGGAUUGCAAUGUCUGGGUGACUAAAGGGGAAGUUAUUUUCAUAUGUUCCUGUAGUGGAGGACACUAGGGUUCAUGUUUGAGAGUAAAUUUGCAGGAAAGAUUAAGAUUUGGCAUUUUCACUUGCUAUGGGUAUAUUAAAAAUCAAUUUUAAUGUUAUUAUUAAAAUCAUUAUUUCAAUUUAAAUGAUUAUGAAAAAUGAAAUAUUAAAAUACAAAUUAAAAAUAAAUAUUCAAUUAAUUUUAAUGAUGUGGCAAGGGACUGGUCAAUUUUUGGGGUGCCAUGUCAUUAAAAUAACUGACAAAUGGCAAGGGACCAUAAAAAUUUCACGAUAUUAGAAAAUGAGGGACCUAAUAGUUGGCUUUUUUAGUUUAGGGACUAAAAAGUUAAAAAUGUCAAAAUAGGGGGACCAAAAGUGCAUUUAAGCCUAAAAAAUAUUAAGUUUUAAUUAUUAACUAAUAUAAAUAAUAUAUAAAAUAAAGAUAAUAAAACCUGGGCAGGAUUCUGUGUGGCAUCCUUGGAAAGUCUAUGAUGGACUUACAUAUUAGUGUGCAUUGGAUCUGAUACAGGUUCGAUCAGACGGUGGCGGAUUGAGAGUGUACGGUAGGAGCUUGUAGGCUUGUUGCACCGAAUCUGUGAAUGAGAAUUGUCAAUGAAAAUAGAAGAAAAAUAACGUCCUCAGUGAGGAUCGAUCCCAGGUCACUGGAGAUAAAUAACACACGCUUUUGCCAUUUGAACCAGUUGCUUUUGUUGUCAAUUUCAUAACCAUAAACGUAAAUAAACAAAUUCGAACGGAAUGAAAAACAAAAUAAAAAAACCAGCGCCUGUUUGCUCUUCUUCUUCGUGCGUAUUUUUUCAGCAAGGGAACAAAACCUUAGGCAACGGUUUCUUCCCAUGGCUAUUGACCUGCAGAUCUGAAUCUAACAAAAUACAAUCAAUAAAUAUAUUUCAGAGGCAUAGAUCGACUGUAAAUCAUCAUCCGAACGCAAUGGUAUAAAUCUUAGGGUCCAAUUUUUCCUGUAUCAAAUAACCCCAAUUGAAAGCUCUUGAACCCUGUUAAUGGUGGAACGCUCAACCUGCAGCAAAAACUCAAUUAAAUUAUAUAGCUCGCAUCAGAACAUCAUCACCAACACGAAUAUAUCGUCAAAUUGCAUCAACAAUACGCGUAUACACGAAAUCGGGAUUCAAAUUUUUUUGCCUUCUUAGCGUGAGCCGCUUCACGUUUUUUCACAGCUUUUUUCUUCUUUUCUUUUUUUCGGCCCCCCUCUCAUUAGGACUUCUCUCCCGUAUAUAACAGAAUAAUUAGGUUAUCCUUUGAGCCCAAAAUUCAUUCAAUCCAAGAUCGAGAUUUUGAUUGAAAAUCCACAUCUAAGUUUUCCAAUUUGGUUCUAAUUCCAUCCUUCCAUGAAUCGUGAACAAACUCUUGUUUUUUGGUUUUUUAUUUUUUUAUUUUUUUUAUUUUAACAAAAUAAUAAUAAUAACUAAUAGUAAUUAACACUAAUAUAAUAAUAAUACUCCUAAUAGUAUAAUAGUUAGUAUAAUAGUUAGUAAAAAAAUUACAAAAAUAAUAAUUCCAAUAAUAAAUGAUAAAAAUUAAAUGGUAAAUUGAAUAAAAUGAGCAAAUAUAAAAAUAAAUUAUGAUGUUUACAAAUCCCAAAAAAUAAGAUAGAUGGGCCAAACGUUUGGACCCAAGAUACCUGUUAAUUUCACCUCAUUUUAAGUCAGAGUAUUUUAUAAGAGGGUGGGUUUGACAAUAGGAGUGUCAAACCCCAUGACUCUUAAUUUUGCCCUGAUGAUUUAAAAGACGUGGAUUUGAUCGGGCAAAUUUUGGGGUAUGACAGCUGCCCCUUUUCAAUCUUCUUAAACCUGAAGAGUCAGAUAGGCACGUCUGCCUAUCGUGAUCUAAAGGUAGAAGAUGAUUGGACACUGAAAAUGCCCCGAAAUUUGCGUUUGUUGGGAAGAAGUUAUGUGGGAGAUGGGCUUAAAGAUGCCAUCCAGGGUAAAUACCCCUCUUUUUUUAGAGUGCGAAGCAUAUUCUUUCGAAAGAACCACUUGCUUUGAUUGUAGCACGGCCUAAAAAGGCAACCUGAAAUUUAUGCAAUGUUAUGAUGCAUGCGAUGUAUGAUGCAGUAAGCCUCUCAAAAUAAAUGAGAGCGAUGUAUGUAUGUGCAUUAUGUAUGAAUGAAGUAUGUAAGUUGAAAUGAUGCAUGAUUGUUAAUCGAAGUGUGUUAGUAAUUCUGAAAAGAAAGAAGACACCUUUGACUGUUAUUGAAGUUUUGAAGAAGAUCACUGCCGAGGGACUAACGUGAUAAACUCAAUUGAGGAAUCGUUUGAAAAAUCUUGUAUGCCUGGAAAAGCUCCUAGAAAGGAUGGAAUACGUCUUGAAGAAGACUUCCUGGAAAGGUUCCUGAAAAGGAAUAGCGAGGACCUUCUGUUGGUUGUGUAAUUGGCUUGCUAUGGUCAGCAGGCUUCCGCAGUUUGUGAACCCCUACUUACUAUAGUUCUAGUAAGUUUCCGUAGUUUGUGAACCCCCACUUACUAUAGUUCUAGUAAGUUUCCGUAGUUUGUGAACCCCCACUUACUGUAGUUCUAGUAAGUUUUCGUAGUUUGUGAACCCCCACUUACUAUAGUUCUAGUAAGUUUCCGUAGCUUGUGGACCCCAAUAGGAUUGCUUGCUAUAAUUCUAGCAAGUUCACCUGCACUGACAGGGUUAUCUGCGAGUGUUAUCGCAGAAUUUACCUGUACCACCAAUAGGGUUAUUCGCGAGUGUUGUCGCGAAAUUUACCUAUGUCACCAGGGUUAUCUGCGGGUGUUAUCGCAGAAUUUACCUGUACCACCAAUAGGGUUAUCCGCGAGUGUUAUCGCGAAAUUUACCUAUGUUAUCAGGGUUAUCUGCGAGUGUUAUCGCAGAAUUUACCUGUACCACCAAUAGGGUUAUCCGCGAGUGUUGUCGCGAAAUUUACCUAUGUCACCAGGGUUAUCUGCGAGUGCUAUCGCAGAAUUUACCUGUGCCACCAAUAGGGUUAUCCGCGAGUGUUAUCGCGAAAUUUACCUAUACCAUUUUAGGCUAAUUUGCUAUGCUCAUAGCCAUUUCGCCUGCACCAAAGGAAUUACUUGCCAGGGUUCUGACAAGUGUACCUGCAUAAGAGUGAUCGCCUGCUAUAGUUCUAGCGAACUUACCUGCAUGAAAAAGAUUCACCUGUUUUGGGGACCCACGACUAUAGGGUCGGAGAAAAUACACCUUUCAUAACACGAGGGUUGGAGACUAGGCUUUUGUAGUGUGAUUUGGAUUUUGAUGUAAUAGUCAGACGGGAACUGACUACCAGACGGGAACUGGAUUUAAUGAUUUUCCAGGACGAGAAUUGGACUUUGAACUGGUUUGGAUUGCCAAUAAAAAUUGGGCUUUUGUGAUAUGUACAUGCUAAUGCUAAUGCGUAUGCAUGUAUGCUAAUGCUGAUGCGAUCCCAUGGUUUUAUCUCCUCAAACCCAUUGAACUUGUUUAUUCCAUGCUUGCACUUAUACCCUGACUAUGCUUAUGUUGGCUUUGCAAUGUUUAUGUAUGCUUAUGCUUAUGCGUAUGUUUGGUUGACGUAAUGAGUGGAACGAAGUAAUGUCUUCUGUAAGAUUACCUGAAAAUGUCUUUUUGGAAUGGAAGUGAAUGUUUGUCUUAAAGAAGACUAUCUGAAAUGAUUUAUCGAAAUGGUAGCAAUUUGUCUUAGAGAAGACCACCUGUAAAGGCUCUUAGAGUAGAUAGAAAUUUUUCUUAAAGAAGAUCACCUGAAAAGGUUGAAAGAUGCCUAAAAGAAGACUACCUGAAGAGGUUCCUGAGAGGGAUGACGAAUUGUUUUUUUGAAAGAGAUUACCAGAAAAGGUACUUAGGACAAGAAUGUCUCGAAGAAGACUACCUGAAAAGGUGCUUAGAAGAAGAAUGUCUUGAAGAAGACUACCUCAAAAGGUACUUAGCAAAAGAAUGUCUUGAAGAAGACUACCUCAAAAGGUUUUUGGAAACGACGAUGAUUGUCUUAGAGAAGACUACCUAGAAAGGUUUUUUAGAAAAGAAUGUCUUGAAGAAGACUACCUGAAAAGGUACUUAGAAAAAGGGAAUGUCUUGAAAAAGACUGCCUGAAAAGGAACUUUAGAGAAAGGAAUGUCUUGAAGAAGACUACCUAAAGAGGUUCUUGGAAAUGGUGAUAAUUCAUCUUGAAUAAGACCGUUUGAGGAGGCUCCUAGAAAGGACCGUGAGAUUUGUCUUAAAGAAGACCACAUAAACAGUUACGGUGUAAUGUAUCAACCAAUGUAUGUAAUGCAUGAUUUGUAUGUAUUUGUAUGAUGCUCCAAUGAUAGGUCGUUGAUAACCAAAGCGUAUAUAUCUCGCCGAGGUUGGAUGGUUGUUGGAUGCUAGCGCGAUUCCCCAAUACCUGCUUUUAGACUUUGAAGAUUGUAGUUAGGAGAAAGAUUUGAUCGAAGUCGUAAAGUGCGAGAACACCCUUUCUUUUUGUUGUGCGUCUUGCCCCAGUUUGAUUUUUUUUAGGAAUACUCCACGCCUUUAAACUUUGGAGGUUCUCCACACUUUUAUCCUUUGAAUUGUUUGCCUUAUGGAUUUGAUAUCCAAUGCCCCAGUGUUCAGUGGAGAAAGAUGCUUAUGAAGGAAGUGCCCCAGGGAAUAGCCUUGUCAUAUGCUUCGACGUUUAGAUUGAAGGAUGUGCCCCUGAUCUCCAGGUUAUGGAAGGUUAUCCAUAGUGUUCUAUCCUUUGAAUUUGAAUUCUUCCCAUGUCUGACAUGCCCCUGUUUGUUAUUGCUUCGAGAUGUGCACCCAAGUCGAUUGAACCUUAGAAAGAAUGCCCCAUAGUAAAUAGGAUGUUUGAUCGCAUGCCCCUGUGAUCUUUGAAAUUUUUGCCCCUGUUUAGGAGAACCCUCUAGAUGUGGUUCCCCCGACUCCAGGUGUAACACCCCUCUAAUACCCCACGGCAAUUAACAAAAUUAAAUCAGAGUAAACAUGCAAAGGGUGUCACAAUUCAAAAAUAAAAGAAAACACACGUUCGACAUAUGUCAUGCAUUCACUGAAACAUCUGAAAUUAUAACUCAUAGAUAAAAAUCAUGUUUACACAGCGGAAUCAAAUCAUCAAGUCAACAUUACAUCGUUAAUGUAUCAGACUUCAAAUAAAAUAAACAAUAGAGUUAUAAUUCGAAAUUCAAAACAUCGCGUCCCCAGUGUUACAUCUAUCAGAGCAUGACACCGACACUAUACCAAAUAAACUGACUCAUGAGCUAAUCCUCACCGAGCCAAAAGCCGCUACUCGCCAAUCUGAAAUCAUCAAAGUAAGGGUGAGUCUCAUUCACAAUUAACAAAUGUUAUCGAAUCAUAAACAAUAACACAUCAUAGUCACAUUAUUCAUCCAAUUUCGUUAUACUCAGAUUGUCAGGAAGUACUCAUCAACACACAACACAAAUAGAAUACAUUACCAAGAGGCAACACCAUAAUUCAUCCAAACAAAUCAUAACCAUUACACAAUCAUCACAUAUUAUAACAUUGGACAAUCUUCCAUUCAUGUUAUAAUAACACAAGUAACCUAAUGCAAAUGCAACUAUAUGCAUGUGGUACCAAAAUCUGGGAUAACCCAACUCACCGAUCCACCAUCGUCAAGGAUACGGCAACACCCACUCACUAAUUCCACACAAUGGGAAUUAGCUACCACUGAUCCACCAUCGUCAAGGAUCAGCCACAUAAUGAUUAUGAAUGCAUGUAUCAACCAUAACAUGCUUAUCACCCACAUAAAUCAACCAAAUGUCAUAAUCAUCAACCACCACAAUAAUCAAUAGCCAUACACAGUUAUGCUAUUUCUCAACCACAAUAAAAUACAUAUUUUACAUCAACAAUAUAUGUAUAACAAACACCAAUUACACCCACCACAUCAUAACAGGUAAAUCAUUCAUUAUACAGUGCAACAACGAUAACACCCCUCACAAUCGUGUACCAAGUACAACAAAGCAACUCAUCAACGACAGAGUAUUUACCUCAUCAUUCCUCAAAACACAUGAUAACCAUAUUUACCAUGAACAACACCCAUUUUCACAAUUAACAGAAGCAACCACAUUAUCACAACAUACAUCAUUGCACAUAUUCAAUUAUAUAUGCACACAACAACCAUUGCACCUCAUCAGCUAUGCAAAACCAGAAUAAACCACAUUUGAAGAAAAUGAUACUUUUUAAAAUAAAAUCAAGUUGUUAUUGUUUUAUUCGUUUCAUAUGGUAGAACAUUCAAUUUAAGGAACAACGUCCAAAACGGCGUCUAAAACGGACUUACGGUUUGAAAGUUACACAUCUUUAACUUUUUACAAGAAAACAGUUAUCGCUACAGCACGCGGCGCAACCAAAGUUCGCGGCGCGACCUGAAGCACACAAACACGUUCGCGGCCCAACCUAUGCACGCGGCGCAAUGCGAGAAAACAAGUACGCCUUCGCGGCGCGCACCUACCUUCGCGGCGCGAACUGGCAAAAGCCAGAGAUUUCACAUCGAUUGACAGCAUUACGGGAUUCAUCCCAAAAUCCCCAAAACCAAACCAAGUUAUGUUAUGAACCUCAAAUACCACCAUAUCAGCCACAUACAUGUUAUAACACAAAUAUAACACCCAAGGAGGAUCAUUCAAUCAUCAUAACAGUCAUAUAAUCAUACAAUUCAUCACAUCAUACAAUUCCCAUCAAAAUCAUCCCAAAACCCCAAUCCAUCAUACAACCAAUUGACACAAACAAUGCAUCUAAAUCAGUCCUAUUAUCUAUAAUACGAUAAAAGAUAUUAACCGGAAGAGUCCCCCCUUACCUUAGCCAAGGAUCUUGAUUAGCCCUCUUCCUCUUCUGUUCCUCUUUCACGUAUCAGCACUUCUACUCUUCUGCUCCUCUUCCACAUCUAUUUUCCUUUUUUCCUCAAUUCCUUAUUUUUAUGAAAAUAGAUUUAAUUUAGUAAAAGGCCUACUAAUAUAGCACCCCCUCUUUACUAACACCACACUUGGCCCAAUAGCUCAUCUCAUAAUUCUUUCUAAAUAAUUCCACCAAAAUACAGAAUAAUUCCAAAUAAUAAUUUAAUUUCCGAUUAAAUUAAAAUUAGAAAAUAUGGGGUGUUACAACUCUCCCCCACUAAAAGAGUUUUCGUCCUCGAAAACAUACCUCAAGUAACCAGCUCGUAUAAGAGUCCUUCACUUGACUCUCGAGCUCCUAAUCAACAUUACCAUCAGUCAAUCCUCAAAAAUCCAUCUGACAUAACCAACAGGAAACAUGUUUCAUACAUUCAAAUCCCAGUUCUUACGUUGCAUUUGACUAUCCAAAAAUAUACCACUCGCUAUAUCUCCGAAAGGUUAACAAUAAUAGAACAUUGAGGUACAACCUAAACAAUAUGCUCAACAACCGAGUAAUACAAUUGCACAAUUUAUAGUAUGAUCACACUUGAUCAACAAUACAAUAAUGGAUCCCUUCUACCGAACAUACCAACCUUAGACAAGCUUUUCCAUCUGAGCGAUAAGGUAAUACUUACACUUUUCACCAACCGCUUCCUUCAAGAAACUCAAUACUCAUAUUCCUAUACCAUUGAAUUCCAAUUAUCUGACUCCUCUUAAAUCACACCAGUAAUUAUCCAACACGUUACAUUCCGCUUUUUCCGCACUACUCUGACUACUCAUCACAAUCAUCUAUACCAAAUAGAUUUCUGAGUUUUACCCGAUUCCGACUCUCUUUACUCAUUCGUUUCAAGAAUCAUUCUUUAUCAUUCAUGGUACCAAUUUACCACUCGGUAAUACUUACUCGUACUCAAAAACAGAUUCCUGAGUUACUACAUCUAUUAAAACAUUCCAACCAUCAGAACGAGUAUACACACAAGUAAUUAUAGUCACACUCAUUAGCAUCAAUAUACUGUCGUUUACAAAAUAGCUCAAACUGAGUCACGCUCUCUACUAAGAAUCAAAUCAACUUCGUCCUUCAUAAAGUAUAAUUCCUCAUUAUAUUUGGAAUCUACAAUACCACCUUAACAACGAAACAAAAUUAUUAUAGCAUCAUAUAGUAUCAACUCGUCAUCUUAACUUUGCCAAAUACAUACUUGCUAACCACGUACAACCAUAAUAACACAUUGGUCGUCUCAACAAUUAUUCGAAAGGUUUAUAAUUCUCCGACACGACAUCCUUACAUCCACUGGAUUCUAAAUCCAACAUAUAGAUCAAGACAUAUUCUCUAUGUAGGCUUCCGACAUAUUAAUUCCUUACUUCCCGCGAGUAGUACUCAUAACACUACUCCACAUCACACUUUCGCUGCGCGACUCUGAUUACCCAUCUUAAGUCACCGUCAAUUUCGUUGCACUCUUCCAUAUUCAUCUCUUCAUAAGUUCACACAACAUAGUGAGUGAUUAUUCUCAAGGCUUAGUAUUCAUCACAUCUUAAACCAUUAAGGAAACAAAACAAGUUCAUCCCAUCUAUAUGAUUUCCGUCUACUACCAACAAGAGAUUAAGGGUGAUCAAGUCCUCAAUUUGUCAAUAGAUAGCCGACAACCAUAUUUAAGCAUAAACUGUCAUUACUACAUAAUAGUGUCCCUUUCCGAGUUUGCACCCAAACUCAUUAACAUCGUCAUAGUUCAAUAAUCCACUACGGUGUCCUUCUUCUAGAAUAUUCUUCCGAAGCUCAAAACAUCAGUUACACAAAUCCAAUCACUCAACCUCAUUAUAUUAUUCCCGUCGAUUCUGAAUUCACCGCCUUUACCUUGGUAAUUCCAAGUCAGCCUAUCGAUCAACUCAACAUCAUCUUUCUGACCUUCUCUAAUCUCGUUAAGAAUACCACUAGUCAUCUUCUAGCAUACUCAAUCUAACACUAUUAGGAUCACCUUCACAUACCAACUCAAGUCUCUAAAUUGUCCAAUUAAAUUCAACUCAUUCACCAUUAGCACCGACAUUUUUAAAGACUUCCGACGCAACACAGUAACACAACAUUCAUAACUCGUGGUUUUAAUCCAAAUUCUAUUACAUCCUUCACGUCCAAUUAUCAUCCCACUCGGAAUCUCAACAAAGUCUCCCUCACGUCAACAAUGUUAGAAAUUCCCUACAAUCCUUCUUUUAUACUUAUCGUUACCUUGCCAUCACAAAUACGAUUCAAAGGGUUCUAAAGUUUGUUCCAUCUUUGAUACUAAUUCAAUCUUUACUAAAAUCCAUCGGCACUCAAAUCAUCUUUAUUAUCGAGCAUCUCACCCACUUAUUCAUCAACAUCACGUUCUGCUCAACUUCGUUUCGAAUAAUCACGGUAGUAGGCAUUCCUAUUCAACAAGUUCUACGCAUUCCUUAACCGGAUUCAGACUAUCUCCUCAUAGGAUUACCUCUACUGUACUUAUAACUCUCCCAUAAUGUAGAACAUAAUUUCACCUGUUCAUAGGUUCAAACGGCACGUUAAUCCGACACUCGGAGCUCAAGAUAUGAAUUUUCCAAUCAUUGCCUGAAAAAUGCAACACUGACAUCAUGCAGUGACACUCUAUACGAUAUAUCCAAAACUUCUCAAUUGGUAAAUUCAAUUCUUAAAAUUACUCCUCAACAAACCUUCUAAUUAUUCCUUCAAUCCCUUCAACACUGACACUGACAUCCCGUGCAGUACCAAUAAACAAGUCUAGUUAUAAGAACAAGAGUAACCGUAACUUCGCCUCUUACCAACGUCAUCCUGUCACAAUUAAUUAUCUUACAGCUGUUGCAACCAUUUUUAUAACAAAGUUCAUCUCAUUAGCUUUCCGAAACUUCAAACGGAACUCAAUUCGGGUGUCCAGAACUCCAGUUAUGAAUUUUCGAAGUUCCGCAGCUAUUCAGCAAUUUUCCUGCGUUUUGCUUACGAAAAUCUCUCUCCAAAACUCAUUCUCUUCAACUCUAUCACAUUCCAAACAGCCCCUUAUCAUAUCUCUUUACUUCCAAACAUCAUUAUAACUUGAGCAACACUUCCCAUCGCCGAAGCGCAAUUUCUGGAACAUUACUACAUCAAUCCUCUUCGCAAACUUGCAGCUGAACCUCUUCUGAGUCGUAAGGCUACUCAACUGACAGCUUCGCAGCACACCAGCAGAGCUGACACAUUGCAACUUUCCAAUUUCCUUCUCUUACAAUAACUGUCAAUUACCUCUAAUCAUCUUCCUUCAAGAUGUUCCAACUCAAUUCCCAGUGAAGUCUUAAUUCCAAGUCACCUUCAAUUCGGAAAACAACAAACUCCGACAACGCUCGCACUGUUGCCAACAACAGCCUACUGAAUCAAUCUUCUUGCAACUGAAACAUAACCGAGAAGCGAAGCUUCUCCCCCACUUGUUUCAAUCCAACACCUGCAACAAACAACUAAGUACCGACAGUGAUUCACUCACAUGUCGCGUACCAAGGAAUAAAAUGCCGACAAUAUACAACUGUCGCGCAACUCAACUGACUCAACAAUUGGCUGGACGGACCGACCUGCUCUGAUACCACUAUUGUAACACCCCUCUAAUACCCCACGGCAAUUAACAAAAUUAAAUCAGAGUAAACAUGCAAAGGGUGUCACAAUUCAAAAAUAAAAGAAAACACACGUUCGGCAUAUGUCAUGCAUUCACUGAAACAUCUGAAAUUAUAACUCAUAGAUAAAAAUCAUGUUUACACAGCGGAAUAAAAUCAUCAAGUCAACAUUACAUCGUUAAUGUAUCAUACUUCAAAUAAAAUAAACAAUAGAGUUAUAAUUCGAAAUUCAAAACAUCGCGUCCCCAGUGUUACAUCUAUCAGAGCAUGACACCGACACUAUACCAAAUAAACUGACUCAUGAGCUAAUCCUCACCGAGCCAAAAGCCGCUACUCGCCAAUCUGAAAUCAUCAAAGUAAUGGUGAGUCUCAUUCACAAUUAACAAAUGUUAUCGAAUCAUAAACAAUAACACAUCAUAGUCACAUUAUUCAUCCAAUUUCGUUAUACUCAGAUUGUCAGGAAGUACUCAUCAACACACAACACAAAUAGAAUACAUUACCAAGAGGCAACACCAUAAUUCAUCCAAACAAAUCAUAACCAUUACACAAUCAUCACAUAUUAUAACAUUGGACAAUCUUCCAUUCAUGUUAUAAUAACACAAGUAACCUAAUGCAAAUGCAACUAUAUGCAUGUGGUACCAAAAUCUGGGAUAACCCAACUCACCGAUCCACCAUCGUCAAGGAUACGGCAACACCCACUCACUAAUUCCACACAAUGGGAAUUAGCUACCACUGAUCCACCAUCGUCAAGGAUCAGCCACAUAAUGAUUAUGAAUGCAUGUAUCAACCAUAACAUGCUUAUCACCCACAUAAAUCAACCAAAUGUCAUAAUCAUCAACCACCACAAUAAUCAAUAGCCAUACACAGUUAUGCUAUUUCUCAACCACAAUAAAAUACAUAUUUUACAUCAACAAUAUAUGUAUAACAAACACCAAUUACACCCACCACAUCAUAACAGGUAAAUCAUUCAUUAUACAGUGCAACAACGAUAACACCCCUCACAAUCGUGUACCAAGUACAACAAAGCAACUCAUCAACGACAGAGUAUUUACCUCAUCAUUCCUCAAAACACAUGAUAACCAUAUUUACCAUGAACAACACCCAUUUUCACAAUUAACAGAAGCAACCACAUUAUCACAACAUACAUCAUUGCACAUAUUCAAUUAUAUAUGCACACAACAACCAUUGCACCUCAUCAGCUAUGCAAAACCAGAAUAAACCACAUUUGAAGAAAAUGAUACUUUUUAAAAUAAAAUCAAGUUGUUAUUGUUUUAUUCGUUUCAUAUGGUAGAACAUUCAAUUUAAGGAACAACGUCCAAAACGGCGUCUAAAACAGACUUACGGUUUGAAAGUUACACAUCUUUAACUUUUUACAAGAAAACAGUUAUCGCUACAGCACGCGGCGCAACCAAAGUUCGCGGCGCGACCUGAAGCACACAAACACGUUCGCGGCGCCAACCUAUGCACGCGGCACGAUGCGAGAAAACAAGUACGCCUUCGCGGCGCGCACCUACCUUCGCGGCGCGAACUGGCAAAAGCCAGAGAUUUCACAUCGAUUGACAGCAUUACGGGAUUCAUCCCAAAAUCCCCAAAACCAAACCAAGUUAUGUUAUGAACCUCAAAUACCACCAUAUCAGCCACAUACAUGUUAUAACACAAAUAUAACACCCAAGGAGGAUCAUUCAAUCAUCAUAACAGUCAUAUAAUCAUACAAUUCAUCACAUCAUACAAUUCCCAUCAAAAUCAUCCCAAAACCCCAAUCCAUCAUACAACCAAUUGACACAAACAAUGCAUCUAAAUCAGUCCUAUUAUCUAUAAUACGAUAAAAGAUAUUAACCGGAAGAGUCCCCCCUUACCUUAGCCAAGGAUCUUGAUUAGCCAUCUUCCUCUUCUGUUCCUCUUUCACGUAUCAGCACUUCUACUCUUCUGCUCCUCUUCCACAUCUAUUUUCCUUUUUUCCUCAAUUCCUUAUUUUUAUGAAAAUAGAUUUAAUUUAGUAAAAGGCCUACUAAUAUAGCACCCCCUCUUUACUAACACCACACUUGGCCCAAUAGCUCAUCUCAUAAUUCUUUCUAAAUAAUUCCACCAAAAUACAGAAUAAUUCCAAAUAAUAAUUUAAUUUCCGAUUAAAUUAAAAUUAGAAAAUAUGAGGUGUUACACCAGGGUCUUUAUUAGAAAUGAUCACCUUUGAUUACCCCAUUUCGAGAUCUCCUCGAUGCUAAGUGUAUGUUCGUAGAUGGCGUUGUACCCUUUUGAGAAGUAGCUCCAAUGGAAUGCGUAUUCAAGUUUUGAAAUCGAAGUCCGUUAUGAAUUAGGACUGGAUGGUUAUAAGUGAAUGCUUGAAGAAACGUAGUGAUUAGAAGUAGUUUUAACAAACUUUUAGGAGUCAGUAUAACAAAUCCUGCUUAAUAUGCUUUCAUGGUUAACCUUGCCUCAAUUAGGACUUUUGAAUGUUGUAACUUGGCCUGGUUCAUGGUUUUAAGAAACAAUGGAUAUAAGGCUCAAAAUUUAUUUAUCCCACCCCUUUCUCCUUGAUGUUCUCCAGAUCCUAAAAAUUCGCCUAAUCCAAUGGAUGUGCUUUGUUUGCCAGAGAAUCGUUUCAAUUUUGAUGUUGAGCAGAAGCCUUUAGUAAAGACCCAAGCUUUGAUGAGAAAUGUUGUAAAGAUCCAAGAGUUUAUGAGAAGCUUCGAUGAUGUGGCAGUCACAAGAUUAUCUUUUGUAUAUCGCCUUUGUAUCCCUUAUUUUUGCAUGAACCAAUUCUUUCGAAUUUGAUCCAUCGGGAUGCCCUGAUUUUUGCCUAAGUCAUUUUUUCUUUCUUUUAUGAAGUUUUCCGUUUUGACUUAGCGGGCGUUUUUCUUUUGAAAGCUCCUUUUGAAAUGUGAUCCUUGGAUAUUGAAUGUUGUGACUGUUAUGUUGACUUUGAUUUGUAAGCUUCACCUUUGAUGCUUCCUCGAUCUUGAGUGAUGUAAUGAGGAAGAAGAUUGUUGUGAAUGUUAUUGUUAUCACUUCCUCAUUCUUGGAUGAUUACGAGGAAGAAGAUGUGCUUGAACCUUUGCUUUGCUGGAUCCUUUGCUUGGAUUGACUGAUUCUCUUGACAACCAAAGUACGCCAUUGAAUUAAUCGAAAUCUACCCUGCCCCUGGUUAAAAUCAAGGUCUAUUUGAAAAGUAGAAACAAACUCCAACUCCUGGCUCGAGGGGGUGACGAGGGAUUAACAUCCUUAUAUCUCCACUGUUUGGGAAUUGGAGCAAUGCCUGUACAUCCUCGGCUCGGUCUUACCUCGAAAGCAUAUGUUUAGCUGGACUUAGUUAUUUGUAUUCGUCAUUCUCCCUCAAGUUUGUUAAUAAUCCUAAUUUUGAAAUUGAAAAUAGAAUAGAAGUAUGCGAGUGGAAAGUCAUAGUAGUAAGCGAAUGAAGCGACUCCAAAACCUGCAUGGUCAUCCCAUUAGAAUUGCUAAUCCGAAGGUACAACUUUUAUUCUGAGUGACACUUAGCGAUCGUAGGGGUUGAAAUUCUGGCAUGAUAAACACCUAUUAGUCCUAGGGACAAUCUCCUUUGUAAAUCCAUUGAUCUUGCUUUCCUCCUUAACUCUUUAGACUUGUAGAAGUAAGGGCAACCUCGAAUUUUCCUUGGGCACGUCAAACCUGUCGGGAAUAAAUUAUAAGCGGUAGGUUUUCGUCGUAUCGGAACUUCAUGAGUUUCCUUUGACUGAACCUCUUUUGCUUUUCCUAAGGAUAGUAUCACACCAUUCGUAACCUCCAGCGUUUGUAGAUUGAUAGAGAGAAUCUAUGACCCUUUUUGACCCUUGAUGGGGAGUUAACAUAUGUCGCUUUUCCCCAUAGGCAUCUUUGUUCAGGGUAUUGCCCCAGUUGGACUGACCCUUGCCCCCAGGUUAUCGUAGAGCGUCCUCGAAAGUUUGAUAUGUUCUAGAUGAACCCCUUUAUGACUAGAUACAUCUUGAGUGUGUGAAUACAAGAUUACACUCAAAGAUGUUUUUGAUUCAUGGCAAACUCAAAUAAGCAUUCAAACAACAAGACGGAAGCAGAAAACUUAAAGAAAAGCAAGCAUUGAUCUCUCAUAGGUCAACCCAUUAUGUUUAUAUGUUUAUAGGUUGCCUCAACACAAGCAAAACAAGAAGAAUGCAGAAAAACAGCAGUUAGGUCGACCUACCAUCAACCCAGGUCGACCUAAAAUGGAGAAAAAUUCAUAUAUCCCUGCUAGGUCGACUCACACAUCAUUUAGGUCGACCUAAAUUGAUGAAUUCUACAUACCAGCCUGUUAGGUCGACCUACACAUCAACUAGGUCGACCUAAUCUGUGAAAAUGUCCCCAGAAUGCAUCAGAAGAGGAUUCUGGUCGACCUACUCCUUCAACAGGUCGACCUAACUGGGAGCAAAAUUCUGCAAGCUCUGUUAGGUCGACCUAAGCACUACAAGUGGUCGACCUAACUGAUCAAGAAAGUUCAAAAAUCAGUUUUUCUUGGUUCUAACUGUUAUGCAAUCAUAUAUAUUGUGCAAGGGUAAUUAUUCAAGAACCCCAACGACUGAAAGAUACACAAACGCUUCUCAUCUUCGUUCUUCAUCAUCUCCAACACAAUUACACAUAAUCAUUCUUGCGUUGCGGGUUAGUGAUGAGUUCGAUAACGUCCAUGGAACGGAAUUGAAGAUUCCUAGUGGGUGAAGGUUUGUGGGGUUUGUUGGUGAAUAAAAUUUGCGGGUUUUGUCCUCCACGACGGGUGGUUCUUGGGGGUUUUUAUCAAGAGGCGUUCAUUGAGGAUUCGGCUGAGUGUAACGAUUGAGGAACGGGGAGUUCAAGGAAUCAAGACACUGCAGAAGGGAAUCAAAGUGAAGCUCUUGGAUAACCUUGAUCUGGCUCAAGAUUAAGGGGGAAGAAGAUUCAAAGGAUCGACAUAAUUGGUUUAUCGUUUAUCGCUUUGUUAUCUUCUUUGUAUAUACUACUUUCAACAUUAAUGAAAGAUUACCCAAUUUCAAUUUGGAAUUGGGGGCAGACGUAGUCGU